AUGUCGAACCAACACAGAGGCUUGCCUCCACCAGCGGCCAUGACCCUGCCGGAUCCAGGGAGGGCNCCCGCCAAUGAUUCCCCGCCACCUCCACCGGUGCAAGCGCCGGCGCACAUCCACCAUGAAGCCCAGAGGACGCAAUGGCAGGAUGAAGGGGAAUCAUCGCGCAGCUGGCAUGCGACAAGGGUCGAAGAGGAGAGAAGAAGGCAAGAGGAAGAGAAGACAAGGCAGGAGUCCUUGAGAUUGGAGCAGAGAAGAGUCGAGCACUCGAUGUUGCGAGAGUCAAUGCAGGGUGGCAUUCCUCCGCAUAUGGUGCCCAUGAUCUUUGCAGGAAUUGGCGGUGCCAAUCUUGCGAACUUCAGCCUUGAGGUGUUGCAACAAUACACUGCCCAGCUACAGGCCGCUCAGCAACAAGUCCAGGCCAGCCAGGAAGACGCAAGAGAACGAAGAAGCAUUAAUCAGCCUCCAGCCCCGUACGCAUUGCCUUCGCAACCUCAACCACAGGCACAUGCUGGUGUCAUGUCUCAACAGCCUCCACCGCCGCUGGCCGCCCAUCAGACGACUUUCUCUGCCUUUCAAUCGACAUCACCUCCAGGCAGACGGAUUCCUGGAGCGCCUCGGUCGUCUGUGGCCCAAUCCACCUUGCCUCGUCUGACAACUGGAGACAUGCAGAUCAAUCCACCUCCAUCUGCACCGAGCAGUGCUCACCCUCUGCAUCAGACUCAAACCAUUCAACAAGACCAGCCGGCCUCGUCCCCAUCCAUCUACUUCCACCACUGGGUGCCACCGACGUCACAGGCUGACUCCAAGUCGGGUAACCAGCCGCAGACUCCAGUCACGGGCACUGCUGCAUCGCAGAACUCUGAAGGCCACCACGCAGACAGCCCUCGCAAGCGCAAGAAUCAGCAAGCACAUCCGCCACCUCCUCCACCAUCAUCGCUUCCAACUCAAUCUCACUCGAGUCCAAGCUUCUCCACGACUUCAUCCGGACGUAAAGGUGGUCCUGCCCAGGAUCUUUCCCGCAGCAAUGCUUCGCCUCGCGCUAUUCCCGGCGCUGGUCAACCUUCACAUCGUCGCGACAGUGGUGCUCCCGGUACGCAUCUCGAUUUUGUCUUUGAACGCGGUCUGCCGGCGAGCAAAAGCCAGCAACAGCACCACCAUUCAUCGCAUCACUCGACCGCGCCACCAAGCCCCAAGAGAGAUGCUCGUCAUCCAUACUGA